GGGGCCUCCGCCACGAUGCGCCGCCGCGGCCUCUCCGGGCUGCUCCCCUGCUGGGCGCUGCUGAGCGCGGCCAGCGCCUGCCUGCCCUCCGCGCCGGGCCCCGGCCACUGCGCCAGCGCCGGCGGGUGGGGGCCGGGGAGCUGCCGCGGGCCGCCGCUCUCCUCGGGCAGCCGCCCAGCAGCUCUGCCAGUUGAUCCUGUUCAGGAAAACUAUGUUCGUCAAGUGAGAGACUGCAUUUUUUCAGUUGCCUACCCUACUCCAUUCAAAUCCAGAGUACUUCUUGUGGCCAUUUCAAAGGUAGUUCUUGAAGAGAUUUUGGACCUUGAUGUGUCUGUCACCGAAACAGAUGAUUUUCUCCAGCUUGUCAGUGGUGGGAAAGUAGGAUUUGGAUUUGUUCCUCUGGCUCAUAGAUACGGAGGUCAUCAGUUUGGUAGCUGGGCAGGUCAGCUUGGUGAUGGAAGAGCCCACAUGAUUGGAGUAUAUACAAACAGGUAUGGUGAGAGGUGGGAACUACAGCUAAAAGGCUCAGGAAAGACACCAUACUCUAGAGAUGGUGAUGGAAGAGCUGUACUUCGUUCCUCUGUGCGAGAAUUUUUGUGUAGCGAAGCCAUGCACUACCUUGGCAUUCCAACAAGCAGAGCUGCUAGCUUGGUUGUAAGUGAUGAUGAUGUGUGGAGAGACCAAUUUUACAAUGGAAAUGUUAAGAAAGAAAGAGGUGCAGUAGUCCUGCGUGUUGCCAAAUCAUGGUUUCGCAUAGGUUCAUUAGAAAUUUUAGCUCAUUCUGGGGAACUGGACUUACAAAGAUCAUUGCUAGACUUCAUUAUACAAGAACAUUUUCCAUCAAUAAGCAUGAAUGAUUCAAACAGAUAUCUGGAUUUUUUCUCUAGAGUGGUAUCAGAGACUGCAAACUUGAUUGCAUUGUGGAUGUCUGUGGGCUUUGCUCAUGGUGUGUGCAAUACAGAUAACUUCAGUUUGUUAUCCAUAACAAUAGAUUAUGGUCCGUUUGGUUUUAUGGAAUCCUAUGAUCCAGAUUUUGUUCCAAACACAUCUGAUGAUGAAAGAAGGUAUAAAAUAGGAAAUCAGGCAAAUGUUGGAUUGUUUAAUCUGGACAAGCUAUUACAAGCUCUAAAACCUUUAUUGGAUUCCAGACAAAAGCAGCUGGCUUUUCAGAUUGUGGAGGGAUACUCUAGUCACUAUUAUCUCCGUUUUACAGAACUAUUCAAAGCAAAACUAGGUUUCCUUGGGGAAGGUGAGGAUGAUCACUAUUUGAUUGCAUUCCUCCUAAGACUCAUGGAAGAUACAAAAGCUGAUUUUACAAUGACAUUUCGACAGCUUAGUGAAAUUACUCAAGACCAGCUAAAGGAGCUUCAUAUUCCCAAGGAGUAUUGGGCUCUGCAGGACCUUGCUAAACACAAGUUCUUUUCCGACUGGGUUACUAUGUACCUCUUAAGAUUAAGACGUAACAAAGGUGAUUCAGACAGUAGGAGAAGAAAAAGAAUGACAAGUAUCAAUCCUAGAUAUGUGCUUAGAAAUUGGAUGGCAGAGUCAGCCAUACGAAAAGCUGAAAUGAAUGAUUUUUCAGGGGUUCAUCUCCUGCAGCAGGUUUUACAACAUCCCUUCCAGAGGCAGUCAGUGGCAGAGAAAGCUGGCUACGCACUGCAUCCACCAACUUGGGCCAAAGACCUUAAAGUUAGCUGUUCAUCCUGAUAAAGAACAGUGGAAGCAAAAGACAAUGAACUGGGUCAGAGUUUAAGCCUUCAAGCUGGACUGGAGAAUCAGGCAGCACCAUCCUGUCUUCCCAUUAUGGUUUACUGCAGGCAUGGUUCCUUCAAUCUGCUAAGUAACCAGCUUUAUAAAAGUCAUAAAAACAAGAGAAAUGGAGCCCUGUGUGGUUACGCUACUAGACAGAUACCAGCAUUUACAGCUCUAAUCCUCCUGUAUAUUUAUGCAUUAAUUUGUGUAGAGAAGAUACAGUUCUGUCAGGCUAUUCUGUUAACCUCUCCACAUCCAUGCCCCUACAGCUGAGGGCCUGAUUAGCUGUGUCUCCCUAAUUUUUAAUGACUGGUUAAUUUAGAAUGUGCCUGACCUAUUUUUGUUCCCACAAUAGCUUGUUCUCACCCAGUAUAUCUGGAAUAUAACUAUUCUGUUCUGAAAAGGGCAUUUGCCAAUUUGGAGGAAGAGAAAAAUAUAACACUUAGCAGGACAGGAUUAAUAUCACAGAAAUACUGACCUGACCAACUUCUGCUUGUUUAUCUUCAAUGCUGCUUGUUUUUGUAUCAAGGGAAUGAACAGGUGAAGGCUAGAGGGAGACUUUCUUCGCAGACUUUUCAGGCUUAGUUCAACCCUUCCUCAAGUUUUAGCAUUUGACCGAAGUACUGCAGUUUAUUGUGCAGUGCUGUAGUCCCUCCAGGGAUGUCUGCUCAGUUGACAUAGAAAAGAAUCUUCUUGAAGACAUCUCAUUAUACAAAUUUAGAUCAAGAUGCUUUUCAAAUCUUCCAUUGAGCCACCUGAUACUGUGAAAGUUUAGCAAAAAUGUUACAAAAAAUGGGGAUACAGUUGAAGGCAUAUGACUUAAUACUGCUGCUGUAGACUUCCCAUUACUACUGUUUGAGCUUGCCUUUCAUUAUUAACACCCCAGUUUUAUCCAAAUUAAGACAACCUGCAUGACAUUUCAUAGGAGUGUCCUUAUGACAGAGUAAAAUUAUUCUGGCUGAUCA